AUGGCGUAUUUACUCCACCUGAAAGAAUUCCUUGUAGUAGGGGAUGAGCGUCUUUUGGCCGGACUGCAUUCUCACUACCCCUACUUUGUGCCCCCCCUCCCCCUGUUUCAGUGCCUUUUUGAGAUGCUGAUCGACUACCUUAACGACGGAAAUAUGCUGCAGUCCCUGGCGAAAAUCAUUAAGGCCUGCGUGCGCGAUAUCCAGAUGCAGCAGGCCAGGCCGCGCAAAUUAUCCGGUCCUGCCAAGUUGAUUUCCUCCCUGAGCUUCAGUGUGGGCGCCUCCUCCGAUGAGAACCGUUUCAUCGCCCUGGUCACACACAUCCUCCGUGCGCCACCGAACACGCCUGUGCAAAAUGCCGACGGCCUCGUGGAAGGUGUUGACGGAGCCGCUGAAGAUCUGUUUCACACAUCCGCAUCAAGUCCUCGCCUGGGCUAA